AUGGUCGUCUACUCCUUUUACAUCUUUGACCGGCACACCGAAUGCAUCUACACCAAAUCUUGGCUGCCGGCGCCCCGGCCGUCGUCGGCCACGUCCUCGACCGUCAUCCACACGCAAUCCUCGGCCAGCGCGACGACGGCCUCGGACAACGCCAAGCUCGUCUUCGGCACCGUCUUCUCCCUCCGAAACAUGGUCCGCAAGCUCGGCGGCGAUGACGACGCCUUCAUCAGCUACCGGACGGGCCAGUACAAGCUCCAUUUCUACGAGACGCCCGCCAACCUACGAUUCGUCCUCCUCACCGACACGGCGAGCGCGAGCAUGCGCAACGUCCUGCACCAGAUAUACAUUAACCUCUGGGUCGAAUACGUCGUCAAGAAUCCCCUCGCGCCGGUGGAGCACAAGGGCGGCGACGGUGUCAAGAAUGAACUCUUUGAGCUCGGGCUGGACCAGUUCAUCCGAGGGCUGCUGUGA